AUCUCGACAAUCCGCACCACUGACCGCAGUCCCGCCCCCCAGCACCGGAAUUCUCGACUGCAAAUAGCCCAAGAUGUCUGACGGCGAAAUCGAGAUCGAAAACUCUGUCGUUACCGACGCCCUCCCCAAGGAUGUUGUCAAGGAGGUCGGCAACGUCAAGCUGUUCAACAAGUGGGACUACGAUGUCGAGGUCCGCGACAUCUCCCUGACCGACUACAUUUCCCUGCGAAACCCCGUCUACGUCACCCACUCUGCUGGCCGAUAUGCCGUCAAGCGAUUCCGCAAGGCCAACUGCCCCAUCAUUGAGCGGUUGACCAACUCGCUCAUGAUGCACGGCCGCAACAACGGCAAGAAGCUGAUGGCUGUCCGCAUCGUCGCUCACGCCUUCGAGAUCAUUCACCUCAUGACCGACCAGAACCCCAUCCAGGUUGCCGUUGACGCCAUUGUCAACUGCGGUCCCCGUGAAGACUCUACCCGAAUUGGUUCCGCCGGUACCGUCCGUCGUCAGGCCGUCGAUGUCUCCCCCCUGAGGAGAGUCAACCAGGCCAUUGCCCUGCUCACCACCGGUGCCCGCGAGGCCGCUUUCCGAAACGUCAAGUCCAUUGCCGAGUGCUUGGCUGAGGAGCUGAUCAACGCCGCCAAGGGCAGCAGCAACUCAUACGCUAUCAAGAAGAAGGACGAGCUGGAGCGUGUCGCCAAGAGCAACCGAUAAAGGUUGUGCGAGUGGGUUACCUGGCAGGGAUGGAGUGUGGCUUUUUGGGCGUGGAUCAGGCAUAUUUCAGAAUUGCAUUUUGCGUUCGGGUCUGGGAACGCGGACAUGGACUUAUUUCAGAUGGCUCCUAGAGUCUGAAUAAAAAGCUGGGCUCAAAAAAAAGGGCUGUUAUGAAUCAUGCCUAUUGUGUCUCUAAUUUACCAUACCCUAUC